AAUUAUUGCUAUUGCUGGAGCUGUCGUAAGUCCAAUUACAAGCUUGGGUUGCCACUCAGACGAGGGCGUUGCCAAAGACCAAGGAGCCUCUGGAUCGGCGACAGUUUUCCCUCAAACCUUGUGAUGACAAGUCGCUGGCUGCUAUUAAGUUUGCUACUCUAUUGGGGUGGCCAGGAGGUCUCCUCGGGUGUGAUGGACAACUUUGGUGAUGGCUUGAAAAUGGCGGGGCAAAUGUUUGGCAUCAAUACGGCCGCAGAUGUGGCUAAUCUGGUGGCCAAGGCCUUCGCCGGCAAUUCAAUGACAAAUGUACCCAACUUGAUUAGCUACGCCCAGAGUGGAUUCCAAGGGCUGCGGCAAAACAAUGGUGCGGAGGAACAGGAUGAGGAUCAAUCGGAGCAGCAAUCGGAAACGGAAAAUGCACAGGAGGAACCUCCGGUGGAGAGCACUUCCCGAAAACCUCCGCCGAUAUCCUUCGACUCCGGGCAAAUGCUCUCCAAUAUGUUGAGGAUGGUGGGUUUUGAUACGCGGAAAAUAGGAGCCCUAGCCUUAAAUGCUUUGAUUAUGGUUGCUCAGGCGAUUGGAAGCUCCCUGCUGCAGGUAACUCGAGGAGGUGGAACAUCUUUAAUCGAUGCUACGGAAUCCCUGUAUGAACCCAGCGAUCAUCGACCACGUUCCCUAUCCAUGGGCUCGCCCAUCGAUUGGUUUAUGCAACGUACAGAUCGCUAUAGCAAACGACUAAUCAAGGAUAUCAUGGAUCGGGAUUUGCCCGAGUACAUACUAGACAUGAUCGAAGCCAAGGAACAACCGGAGGAGGGUAAAACCGCUGGUUGCUUAAAGCUUCUGAUGUGCAAGGGUCAACCCAUCAUUUGGGGAAUGCAGGAAUCGUUAAAGAAACGCUUGGCUGGAGAACCUGAAGAGCCCGAGGAUAACGAUAGCUACUUUAACAAGAAAAUCUUAUUUAAACACUUGCCCAGUCUUGAGGAUUUUAGGAACCAUAGUGCUAGCUGUGAAGUCAAAUACCACGAGGAGUGCCCCAAAAAUGCAACUACGGGAAGUUAUCUUUAAGUGCACUUAACCAAAAUAAUAUUGAUAAAAAGUAAUUAAGAUGUGAUACAUUUUUAAAUGUACGCAAAAUUAUUAUUCUCUCAUACAUGGAAAUAAAGUACAGAAGUUUUUUUAAACACA